AUGGCCGCCCCCACGACCAUUUCUCGGCUCGCUGAGUCCAUCUUCAGCAACACCAAGAUUGUGGACUCCUACCUUAAAGCCAAUGAUCUCCCGAGCCCGUCUUUCGACGCUGACGGACCGACAAACUUGAAAAUCGACGCAGAAUCAGCUGAGAAUGCUCGUGUCAAGGUGUUAGAGUCGACUUUAGAGUUGUUUGAUCUCUUGCAAGGUCCUGCAGCCAUUCUUCGACCUGUUGCGUAUGGCACUAGUUUGCAGGCCAUCUCGAGAUGGGAUAUCCCAAACAAGGUCCCGCUUGACAAGGAAAUAAGCUUCACCGAGCUGGCUCAUCUCUGCGAUGUGCAUGAGACGGACAUCCGUCGUAUCCUUCGCUAUGCCAUGGUCUAUCACCGUCUUUUCUGUGAGCCUCGGCCGGGUUUCGUCGCACACUCUCUCGCUUCCAAGAGACUGGUCCAGGAACCUUCCAUGGCGGCCGGGCUCUGGCUGCUCGGCGAUCAUGUCUUCGGCACGGCCGCGAGGACCGUUGAUGCUCUCGAAAAGUUCAAAGAUCAAGAGCCCAGCCACACGGCAAUGGCCAUAUUGAAGGGUAAAGAGCAAAGCGGAUACGACGCGAUGAAGGAGGACCCCCAGUUUGCGAAGAGGUUCGCCAAGGCGAUGAUGUCUUUUGCGAACCGUUCCGAGAGUGCCCCACGAGUGAGCCUCGUGUACCCGGAGCUGUGGGCUUCGCUGGGCAAAGGCACCGUCGUUUAUAUGGGUGGCUCGCGGGGUGCUGAUGCCAUACACUUGGCGAGCAAGUAUCCCGAUCUCAACUUAAUCGUCCAGGACUUGCCGCCGAUGAUGGCCGGGGCGGAAGCUGCCGUUCCGGCCGAGCUGAAGGGUCGGAUCAGGUUUAUGCCGUACGACUUCUUCACGCCACAGACCCAGGCGGCGGACGCGGCUUUCGACAUGCUCAUGCUUACCCAGGGGCACGGUCGCGAGCGAGAGGGAGCUGAGUGGAUCGAGUUGUUCAAGCAGGCUGACCCGAGAUUCAAAAUAAGAGUCAUGAAGCCCAUUUCCAAAGCAGCAGACUUUGGCCCGGCCACGGGACUGAUAGAAGUCAUUUGGCAAGGCUGA